UCAAUGCAGUUGAUAAGAAAGUAAUUGCUGUUUUAUUCUCUUUAUGCUAUACAUUUUCAGAAAAUAUUUCCACUGCUGAAUGUAAUAUAUGAGGAAAUGGAUUUUACUGAUUCUGAUGUUCCAGAUGGUCAAACAUUUCAUCUGAGAAAACCUGCUGUACUUCGUGUUAUUGUUCAAGACCAUAUUAUUGACAAGCUUGAACUGCCUUAUGGAGUACCGGAGACAGUGGAUGAGUUACAGUCUAUUGUGCAACAGAAAUAUAGAUUGGAAGCAGGGAAGUUUACCUUACAUUACAUGGAUGUUGAUUUUGGAAGAGAAUUCUUCACUCUUGCAUCAACAAAAGAUCUUAAAGAUAAAGACACAAUUAAGGUUGUCCAUAUUAUUGAUCUCUCCUCAAUCCAAUUCGUUGUAACUGACUUGGAUAGAUCCGACACAGUUGCGGCCAGCAGUUCCACUCUGGCUGCCAGUACUGCUUCAUCUGAAUCUGAUGAUACAAUAAUCCUGUCAUCACCUGAGCAUGGAAAUUUGCGCUCAAAGUCUUGGCCCUCCAAAUUUCCAAUACCACGUUUCCGCAAUGACACAGAGCUUGUGUUAGCAACUGGUAAUGAAACUUUCAAUAAAGAUGGAUCUCCACUCAGCUCUACUGCCAUCCUGCCAGACAUCCUUGAGAGAUUAGCUGAAAGCAUCUUUGAGUAUGUUGCUUAUCCUACAAGUGCACAAUUUGCUGCUGUAGCAGAAGCACUGAUCCAAAAACACCCUUGCCUGAAAGAACCAGGGUCCUACAAUGGAUGUUACGGAUGGCAACAAAGACUGAAAUUUAAAAUGGGCAAUUACAGAUCGAAACUUAGUGGUCUUGGGUGCCCUGAGCUUGAGGUUAACUCUCUCCAAAAAAAGCGAGCCAAUGAGAAGACGCCAGCAAAAAACAUGAAGAAAGCUCGGAAGGGUGAGGCAAACUACCUGCCACCUCAUCCACUUGGAGAAACUAAAGAAAACCUUGAGCAACAAAGACUGGAUCUUCUAAGUGAAGUAAAGAAGAAAAAUAAUUCCCACAUCAUCUGUGAGAAAAUGGAAAGGACCUUUUCCACUCGGAGACAAGAAAUUGUCACCUUGGCUCCAUCUGUCAGUGACUUGAAGGAACGAUGGCCUGCUCUAUUUCUUCCUGAGCAGAUCAAGGAAGAAUAUAAAAGAAUUACCACUGCCAAUCUGGAGUCAACUUUUAUAGCAAAUCUGGACCAUUGUAUACCCAGAUUGAUGCCAUUGGUGAUGUCAAGAGGAGGGGCUGCCAAAUAUAAGAUCCAGAAUAUCAUGGAACUUCUGAAGGUGCUUGAUAUGAUCAACACAGUUGAAACUCGCAGAGAGGUUGCCAUUCGCUGCUUAGUGGUCUACCUUGGGGAAAAUGAGGACAGUCUUUUUGAAUAUGUGGAUCCUGAGAGCCAAACUGGAGAUCUUGAUAGUCGGGUGAUGAAGAUCCUCAUCACCAAAGGUACUACAGCAUCUGAUCCAGCAAGCACAACUGUCAUCAUAGAGGGCACAGAAGUCCUGCAAGGGUUAGAUGUGCCAAGGGCCUGUGCUUUGCUGAUGGGCCUCAUCUAUGCCCUCAAUCUAAGCUACCCACAAGAGCUGAAGUACACUUUUGAGGUAUUUCAGAAGAUGUUCCUUAGAUUAGAUAGUCAGAAAUGCAGCCCAAAAGUCACAUCUCUAAGGCAAAAGCUGCAAGGAAACCCCUUUGAGCCUCAUAGCUGAAAAUCAAAAAUGGUAACCUCAUUUGUGCUAUGAUGGACUUGCUGUUCAAGUUGCUUUUCCAAGUUUAUGCAGUGUAAUGUCUUUCAACCCACAUCUGAUUGCUGUUCAUGUUAUUCAAGUCAUGUCUGAGAGCUGGAAUAUUGUUUUCAGCUGAUCCAGAAAGUUAAUUUGCCUUUAUGGUUAUCCAUCCAAAUUAAGGGCAUAGUUCAUCAGUUUUGUAAGAGUGACAGUUGAUUAAAGUCACUGACUCAACUUGUUUAGAGCUGCUAACACUACACUGUAAACACAUAAUAACCCUAAAUACACACAUAACAUACUGUACAUACUGCACACACUGCUUACUGUGACACACUACAUACACACUACAUAUACAGCAAAGAAAUACACACCAACACAUAAAAUAUUGACCAAAAUUGCAACAGAAAGAUCAUUAAAAAAUGGAAAUGAAUGUUAAAAAGCUCCGAAAUGAGAGAAUUAUCAAUGGCAGGUUUUUGAAGGUGCUGUUAUUAAGAUAUUUGCACUUAAUUUGUACAAAAUGUUCAUAAAAUAAACUGUUUUAAUUGUGAAAUAUGGUUCUUGUUUAUUAUUUCCCCCAACUUGAGCAAAAUUAGUUGCAUAUACUAUAAUUAAUAUGUUUACUUUUUGCAUGGACAUUUUUGAGUAAAAAAUGUUUACGUAUACAUUUACAACAACAUAAAAAA